AAUAUUUUAAUCUUGUUAUUUGUUGCAGAAAUGACCGUGCGGCAUGUCGACCGGCUUCACCAGCAGCGUCACGCCCACCUCGUCUCCAAGCACUGCCCCUCCACUUUCAAGCCCCGCCUUCCCGCUAUCGAGCCCCGCCUCUUCGGUCGACUCGACGGCUUACGCCAUCCUGUACUUCGCGUCGUCCCCGCCAGACGGCGCCGUCGCCGUUAACGACUCCGCCUCCUCGCUGCCGCUGCCAGCCAAUCACGUGCAGCAUGUGGCGCUCGCCAUCUUGCUCAGCGUGGUCAUCGUCAUCGUCAUAUUUGGUAAUACGCUGGUCAUACUGGCGGUCAUCACGACGAGGAGGUUGAGGACGGUCACGAAUUGUUUCGUGAUGUCGUUGGCGGUGGCUGAUUGGUUGGUGGGGAUUUGCGUUAUGCCACCGGCUGUGGCUUAUACGCUUAUGGGAACAUGGGAGCUCGGCUGGAUCCUAUGCGACAUAUGGGUCUCUCUGGACAUCCUGUUAUGUACAGCUUCGAUUCUAAGCCUGUGCGCCAUCAGCAUCGAUCGGUAUUUGGCCGUCACGCAGCCCCUAAGAUACUCCAGGAACAGGAGAUCCAAGAGGCUGGCAUUCGGCAUGAUCCUCGUUGUUUGGGUUAGCUCCAUGCUUAUAUCCUGUCCUCCGAUAUUCGGAUGGUACGAACCAGGCAAACAUGCGAACAAAACCUGCAGAUACAACAAGAAUACCGGCUACGUCAUCUAUUCAGCGAUGGGUUCUUUUUUCAUACCAAUGGUGGUAAUGUUAUACGUCUACAUAAAAAUAUCCUGCGUGGUGGCACAACGGCACGACCAACUGGCACAGUCUGAUGCCACUCAUUCAAAGAAAAGUGCUAAGUUGAUACUGAAUGCCAAAGAAGAAUCGGACGUAGACAGGUCCUCUGAGUGUGAGGAGGCACACGUGAAAUGUUCCAGGUAUUUUCGGCAAGUAAAUGCAUGCGCUCAUUCGCCGGAGUCGAACCACAACGAGCACCCGAAGAAGGUUCCAAUCACUCCAUCGCGUUCCAUCAGAUCCAACAUCAACUACACAUUCAACCAUGUUCAUGAGCCUCUUACUCCAACGAGGUCUGCCAGUUUGUGUCGAUCUGGGCUUCCCAUACGAUCCAGUUUCAAAUUCCAAUUCUCGUCCCGCCCCGAAUCGCUCCAUCUGGACGCCUCCAUGCUGAACUACGAACCAGCGUCGAGAGUCUCAUCGUUCCGGCGCGAGACGAAGACCGCCCAGACCCUGAGCAUCGUGAUGGGCGGUUUCAUAGCCUGCUGGCUGCCCUUCUUCAUCUUCUAUCUGCUAACGCCCUUUAUCACGACCAACGAAACAACGACACUCAUCAUGUCCUACCUGACGUGGUUAGGCUGGAUCAACUCCGCCAUCAAUCCGUUCAUCUACGCGUUCUACAGUCCUGACUUCCGAAUAGCCUUCUGGAGACUGACCGUGAAACACUUCUCGAACAACAGAAGGGCCGACUUCGCGUCUCAGCAUAAAUGAGACAGGGGGACUAUCAGGUUUGCACCUCAGGAAGCAGCCGUUUGAAAUUAGCGAAGGCUUGCGGUUGCACAGAUUCGCGACAGUGAAGCACUUUAAAUGUCAAACGCCUCUUGAUGCUGUCAUAGAAACUCAUGCUACUAGUACGUUGUGAUGUACAGGGUGGCCAACUAAGAAUGCGAAGUUCUGUAUCUGGGAACGUACCUAUCCAUCGCAUAGGCUUUCGGCAAAAACGGUUAAAACGGCCUAGAGAAAAACCUGGAAAAUAUUUUGAAGCUUCUUAAAUGGGCGUAACUGCAAUCUUGAAUCUAAAAAAGUGAUGUUUCUGUGAAUUCCGGUAUAUAUAAAACUAACAAAAAAAUAUCUGAUCUUUAGAGUCGAGAAAGUUAUCGUGGGGUUCUUCUAGAAAGUUGAUUUCUAUAUCACUCUCCUCGUUCGGUUGGAUCAACUAUGUAAUCAAUCCGGUUUAUAAGCUCUACAUUCCCGACCUUGCGAAUAAGAUUUCUGAUACAGUGCCCUGUAGGUUCCUGAAUAAGGAUAUUUUUUAUGAACUGGUGAGCAACUGUACGCCGACUAGCGACGGCGGUUCCGAAAGCUACUGAGCAUCUGGGCGCGUUACCGCCUCUUUGGUGUGAACGCUUCUAUUUGAAUACAUGUGCGGUCACAUUGCAGUUCCCGGAUGCCUUUGGUGAGAAGAGUCUCUAAUAUUACUUCUACAUGAAUCUUCCAUGUAGAUAUAGUAAGCACGAACUGUAGAAAAAUACAAUAGGCUACUUGACUCAUAUCUAAGUUCAUACUCAAUGAGUAUUUCUUACAGUAUUAAUUUGCUUUAGUAGAACGAAAUACAGGGUGGGGCAGAGGAACUUGCUGAUUUGAAUUGGGCGCCCUAAAGUGGCGGUUACACUCAUGGAAGUGGGGAUAGGUAGAUUCGUAAAGUUUUCGCGCCGCGUGGUGUAGUCACUAUCAUGUAGCCACAAAGCACAUGAGACUGAAGAAGUGGGAGCUGUACACUAAACAAUGGCAACACCGUUGACGUUUUGUCAGAUGGUUGCGCCGCCUACUUGCCUGGAGAUCUGGAGGAACUAUCGAAAGAAUGCCGAGAAUGCGCCUGGAAUAAGGAAUGCUAGGAAUGUGCCGGGCUGCCCGGGAUUUCGUUUGUUCAUAAUUUGAAAUCUGCUGAAAAUGAUAUUUUCGAUACUGAAGGACUAUUUCAUGAACAUUAUUAUUCUAAAAAUCCCCAAUAAGGGUAAUAUGUCUUUCAGCAAUUUUACUGAGAAAAAGGUUCAGCAUAAUAAAAUCUAACAAUAAUAAUUAUGAACCACCAAAUUUAUUUAGUUUCACUUCAUUGUACCGCUUCUUGAUAAUUCUGAAACAAUACAGAGAACACUAAUUUAAUUCAUAAUUAUUUGUAAAUAAGCUAGUCACUUUUCAUUUACUUGCUCAGUUCUAUCCCUUCAAUUUGUUGGCCAUUCAUACUUAAUACAACGUCGCCAACUACAAGGAUUAUAAAGAGGCUGAAUCUAGACAUGCAAUUUUAAAUAAAUAAUCUACCAAAUACAACAUGCCGAUAUGUAAAGUUCACAGCCUACCUGGAGCACUUUAUGCAAUCGAUUCUUUCAUGGAUAACCAACUGAAGAAAACAAGUACGCAGUCAGGCAGACCAAGAAGCGCCUCACAUGCAUUUUCUCGAACAACAAAUUUGCGCGGAUCACUUUUAUGCACUAUGGCCAAUUUAUACUGAUGGAACCUUUGUUCUUCGUGGGGGAUGCGUCUCACAGAGCGAGCAGAUAUCCGAAGUUCAGCUUCAUGUUUGCGGAUAGAGCGCCGACGGAAUCGCAAAACAGAACGCCUUACCAUAUCAAUAUUGCGCUGCGACCUUACUGUUCGUGGAAGGACAGGUUUUUUUCACAUCACCAGUCUCCCUAAAGUUGCUUACCCAUGAAAGAAUCGAUUACCGGCCAGGAACAAGUCCACGUGGCGCGAUAGUGAAAUGAGUACGGAAUGCACGUUGCGUGGCUAUGAUCGGGACCAUUAGAGAAGUAGGCCUCGACGGCGAACGAGCGUUCCACCUUCGUCCACUACAUGAUAGUGACUACACCACGCGGUGCGAAAACUUCACGUAGGUAUUACUUUAUCGAAUCUACCUAUCCCCACUUCCAUCCCUCACUUUAGGGCACCCAAUUCAAAUCAGCAAGUUCCUCUGCCCCAGCCUGUAUGUCGAUUUCGAUUUUUAAACGCGCAAAAUGGACAUAUAAGUCCAGUGCAGUCUUUAAGGCCUGCAGAAAAUAUAGUUUCAAUUUUUGGUCUAAUAGAACAAAUAUUAUAUAAAGGGUGUCCAAUAAGUCCCACGA